AUGGCGACGGCGCCGCAUGAGCCCCUUCCUCCCGCCCGCCUGCCCUGGAGGCGCUGGGCGGCGGGCAGCUGGCUACUGGCUGCAGAGCCCGGAGGGCGGGCGGUAGCGCUGAGCGGGAGCCUUCAGGCCCGGCGGGGAGCGAGACCCCGCGGAGGGCUCGCGCCUGCGAGUGCACGACCCCCGUCCGCCUCCCGGAGACCCGCGGAGCAGAGGCAGGGCCGCGGGCUGGGCAAACCCAGCGCCUGGAGACUGGCCCGCUGCCUCCCUCCACCAAGACUGUCCCAGAGCCGGCGGGAGUGGGCAGCAUGGAGGGAUCCUGACCCAUAUGCUCCUUUGCUCCUAGGGGAGCCCGCCCAGCCUCCCAACAGCAGCUGGCCCCCAAGCCCGAAUGGGAGUACUGCCAAGGCCACUGUGGCUGCAAACCUCACCUUCUCCUCCUACUACCAGCACUCCUUGCCAGUGGCAACCAUGUUCAUUGUGGCCUACAUGCUCAUCUUCCUCCUCUGCAUGGUGGGCAAUGCCCUGGUCUGCUUUGUUGUGCUCAAGAACCGGCACAUGCGCACCGUCACCAACAUGUUUCUCCUCAACCUGGCUGUCAGUGACCUACUGGUGGGCAUCUUCUGCAUGCCCACCACCCUUGUGGACAACCUCAUCACGGGGUGGCCCUUUGACAACAUCACAUGUAAGACGAGCGGCUUGGUGCAGGGCAUGUCUGUAUCAGCUUCCGUUUUUACACUGGUGGCCAUUGCUGUGGAAAGGUUCCGCUGCAUCGUGCACCCUUUCCGCGAGAAGCUGACCCUGCGGAAGGCGCUGGUCACCAUCGCGGUCAUCUGGGCCCUGGCCCUGCUCAUCAUGUGCCCCUCGGCCAUCACGCUGACCGUCACGCGCCAGGAGCACCACUUCAUGGUGGACGCCCGCAACCGCUCCUACCCACUCUACUCGUGCUGGGAGGCCUGGCCCGAGAAGGGCAUGCGCAAGGUCUACACCACCGUGCUCUUCGCGCACAUCUACGUGGUGCCGCUCACGCUCAUCGUGGGCAUGUACGCCCGCAUCGCCCACAAGCUCUUCAAGGUCUCAGGCCCGGCGCGGGCUGGCGAGGAGGCGGCGGUGGAGGGCGGGCGCGGGGCCCGGCGCAAGGCCAGGGCUGUCCACAUGCUGGCCAUGGUGGCGCUGUUCUUCUCGCUGUCCUGGCUGCCGCUCUGGGCACUGCUGCUGCUCAUCGACUACGGCCAGCUGAGCGAGCCGCAGCUGCACCAGGUCACGGUCUACGCCUUCCCCUUCGCCCACUGGCUGGCCUUCUUCAACAGCAGUGCCAACCCCAUCAUCUACGGCUACUUCAAUGAGAACUUCCGCCGCGGCUUCCAGGCCGCCUUCCGCGCCCAGCUCUGCCCACCGCAGUGGGGAAGCCACAAGGAGCCCUACUCACAGCGGCCUGGCCAGCUCCUGUGCACGCGGGUCUUCGUGGAGGUGCAGCCCAGCGACUUGGGCCUGCCCUCCGAGUCGGGGCCGAGCAGUGGAGCCCCUAGGCCUGCUCGCCUCUCCCUGCGCAAUGGCCGGGUGGCCCACCAUGGCUUGGCCCAGGAGGAUCCCGGCUGCUCCCAUCUGCCCCUCACCAUACCAGCCUGGGAUAUCUGAAUGGAACAGGGUGGGCAGGCCCUUGAACCUGAGGGCCCGGCCUGGACAUGUGAUACCUGGCCAUGACAGCAGCCUGGUGUGGCAUUAUCAGAGGGUGCCAUGUGCCUCCCUCUCAAAUAUACGGCUGUGGGGCCGUGGCUCCUGGUAUCUUUGCUGUUGUUACCUUCCUUCUCCCAGGAAAGGAGCUAACUUUCCCUGAAAGCCUUCUUUGAGGUAGACUCCAUGAACAUCUUCUCACUGAAUUUUCACGACACUCUGGGAAAGGUAUUCUUAUCCCUGUCUACAGAUGUGAAACAGGCCCAGAGAGGAGGUGUGUCUAGCCCAGUCUCUCAGCUGGAAGUCUCACAGGAGCCUGACUCCAGUGCCUGAACUGAGUUCACCAUCUCCAGCUGUCUCCAGAAGGGGCCAUUAAGGGGGAGCACAGUGAAAUAUGUGUUAGCCGCAGACACUAGAGCAGAAUCCUUGCUUCUUGUAUUCAUGUGUUAAAAGUAUUUAACACCGGAGACUUAGGAGUAUGAGAGCAAGCAGUUACUUUAUUAGAGAUGUGAGGAAAUAGAAACAC